UAUAUCUAGUGCAUAGAAGAACAAGAAAAAAAAAACAACAACAAAAAACAAAUAAGUUAGCUAUAAGCACUUCAAUAACAAUUGAGAGUUAAAUCGCAAGUGCGCAGAGACCAAAUCUAAUAAAUAAUUCUGGUAGUUUGUGAUUCUCGGUGAUAUGGUGUAAAUGUGAUAAAUAAAGUUAUGGAAUUUUUAAUUCAACAACAAUAAUAUUCAUAAUAAUUAAUAAUAAUAAAGCAAACUCUCUACUACCAACUUAUAUAACAGUCGAUUCUGUUUUUAAGAGUCUUUGUUUUUUUAUUUCGCAAAACACUUAAACAAUAACAAUAACUAUACCUAUACUAUAUACACACAAGUAAUUCUAACUAAGCUAACUAAGCCUUAUCUCUAUAAGCAUAAUUGAUAAAUCUAAACUAAACUAAAUCGCACAAAAGCCAAAAACCAAAAACAUAUUCAAAACUCAAGUGUAAAAUCGUGAAACAUCGUCAAGUUUUAAAACUCUAUUAACUGCACUGCCGGCAUAUUUUUGACAAAUAUGAUUUUAAUCUAAAAAAAACCAACUAUAAAAACCCAUGCAAAUCAGAAUAUAUACGUACAAAAUUAUUUAUAAAAUUCAACUCUUAUCGUACGUCAAUAAUUCUUAUGAAAAAAAAAAAAAAACAAAAAGACAAACAAUAAACUCAACUUGAAGUCAUUUAGCAAAAUGCAAUAGUUUAUCUCUUUCUAACUUGCUAAAGAACAUUUUACAUAAACUGUGAUUAUGAGUUCCACAAAAUCCCAAGUAGCCCUCGCUACAAAUAUUCCAACCAACUUAGCCUCCGCCUCUGCCACAGCCACUUCCUCUGCGGCCGCCGCCGUUGUUGUUGUUGCUGCCGUUGCCUCAAACAAUUCAACAACAACGUCAUCGCCGCUAACAGCAGCAGCAGCAGCAGCAGUCGCAGCUGCGGCAGCAUCAGCCCCAACAGCAGCAGCGCCAACGUCGUCACUUGUGACGUCAUCAACAGCAGCAACAAUCAUUGCAACAACAACUGCCGCCGCAACCAACAGCAACUGCAACAGCAACAACAAUAGCAACAGCAAUAGCAUCGAGGAUAGCACAGUAACCGCUAAUUUGGGUCGUCAGAAUAGUCUUGGCAAUAGACGCGGCAAUAUGAAGGGCAAACAUCUCACACGCAGUCAUGCCAUGCGCGAGUCCACAUCGCCGCCACGCACGCCAACGCCGCGCGCCAGUGGCGAGCAGCAGCACAGCAGCAACAGCAACAGCAGCAACAGCGAUGUGCAUGAGCACAACAACAACAAUGCCAUAAUAAAUAAUAAUAACAAUAGUAAUAGCAAUACUAAUACGAAUAGCAAAGCACAAUCAACAGGACGCGGCAAUUCGCCGUUAAUGGACACACCAGCUGUGAUUGUUACUAGUCAGCAGCAGCAGCAGCAACAACAGUUGCAGUCACAGUACCAGCAGCAGCCAUUGAACGUGCCAUUGAGGGAUGAGGCUGAGUUUCCCAAGCUGUCGCCGCCCAAGAAAUCUGGCACGGGUCAGCAUAAUCGCACCAAUAGCAACGGCAGCGUCGGCAUGGAGUACAACAACAACAACAAUAACAACAACAACAAUGCCAAGAAGUAUGUUGUUGAUAUAAAAUCCAAUGGACUGGACAAGCACCACAACAACAGCAGCAGCAACAACAACAACAACAACAGCAGCGCUGUCAUCUACAAUUCGGGCAUGAACUACAAGGCGGCGGAUCGCCACGAGCGGCACGAGCGCCAUGAAAUGUCCAGCCAGAACAGCAAUCUGAGCAACAGCAAUCAUGACGAUGAUUAUCACUAUGAGCGUGGCGCAGGCGCUGGCAAGAAGCAUCGUGCCAAUACCAACUCGAAGGGCUCCAAGCCGCGCUUGAAGAACCUCAUGGGCAGCUCCUCGGGCAGCAUUGAUGGCAACUGUGGUGCUGGCAAUGGCAAUGGUAAUGCCAACAACUCGCAGUCGAUGUGCAACAACUCGAACAACUCGAGCAACAACACCUCGGGCUUUAUAUCGCGCGAGAACUCGAGCGAGCAGUACACGGACUUCGGUGGCACCGAUUUGCUGAUGUUCUUUCGCGAUACGCUCAACAAGAAUCCAAAGGAUCGCCAUAUUUUGUUGAAAAUCGAAAAGGACCUCAUGGACUUUGUGCAGGACAAGAAUCGCGGCUGUGAGUAUCGCUUUCCGCCAACUUCCUCAUACAAUCGCAUGUUGAUACAUCGCACCGCCGCCUUCUUUGGCAUGGAUCACAAUGUGGACUCGGAGACGCAGCAGUGCGUCAUUGUGGCCGUCACCAAGGGCACACGCAUACCAGAGAUUCGCUUCAAGUCCUUGGUGCGCAUCGAUAAUCGCGACGAUGCGCGCAAGUCAAUACUGAAGCGUGAUACGCACAGCUUCGAUGAGAUGAACCAUUCGCCAUACCUCUGUCCAGAGCGCGUCAUGCUGGAUCGCAAGGCCAAGAGCUUUGAGGAGCGCGAGGAGGACUACGAUCGCUCACGCAGUCGCAUCUUUAAUCGCACUGCCCAGCAGGAUGGCUAUGGCGACAUGUCCAACGAGGAGUGCUAUGGCGGACGUGGCGGUGCUGGCGAUGCUGCUGGCGGUGGCGCUGGCGCUGGCGGGAAUGGUGGCUGGCAUAAUGUGGGCGAGCCCAGAGGCAAGCGACCCAAUGGCAAAGUGUUGCAGAUGCAAAAUUCCACGGAAUCACGUGACGGCGGUGGCAACGGCGGUGGUGGGAUGCGUUCGGCUGGUGCUGUGCCCAAGUCGCACAACUUUAACAACUAUGGAGGAUUGCCCAGUGCUGGCGGCCCAGGUGGCUCAACGUUGCCGCGCGGCGAUUCCACCAACUCAAUCAAGAGCGGUCGCAAUGGUGGUGGCAACGGUGGUGUCUUCACCAAGCAGGACUCGACAGGCAGCACUAGCACGCCCUGGCGCCUGUCGCCCUCAAGCAGCGGCUACAAGACACGCACCCAAUCCGUGCGCUCAGAUUCCGUAACGCCCUCGCCCACGGGCUACGGCAGCGACAGGCAAACGCCGGAGUUCAGCCAACCGCCGAGCCAGUGCCAGUCCAGGGGGGGAGUGAUCUCAACAGCGAUGGCAACAGCAAUGACAACAACAACAACAACAACAACGAAAGAUAACGGUGGCCAUCCAGCGUCGGCAACAGCUGCCUCGGCUGCGGGAUGCGUCUGGGCCGUCACAGAUAUUUCGAGUGUGCCUAUUGGCAGCGUCCUCAUUGAUCCGCAAACCCUCCAACCAAUUCUCAAUGCAGACGGCUCCAUCUACCACUACGACCCGUCCAACUUGCCGCCCAAUCAGGCGCUGCAACAUGCAGGCAACAGCAACAACAACAACUAUCAGUCGAGUGGCAACUAUGGCAGCUAUCGCAAGUCUUCACCACAUCAGCAGCAGCAGCAGCAGCAACAGCAACCGCCCCAGCAACAGCAGCAGCAGCAACAUCAAGCGCAGCAGCAGCAGCAGCAGCAUCAUCAACAGCAGCAGCAGCAGCAGCUGUACCACACUGAGCUCAGCUGCAGCUCCACGGAGAGCUAUGCCGAGGAGGUGCAGUCGCCUGGCGUUGACUGCGGCGACGUCUAUGAGAGCUACGAGCCGCCAUUGCAACAGCAGCAGCAGCAGCAAACUGCAUGCGACGCCAACUGCAAGGCCGAUGACACGGACAGUUUGUCCAGCGCUACGGCCUGUCUGAGCAUCACGACCACCACUUCCACGAAGAACUACGAUCGCAUUGAGGUGCAGAAGUACAAGAACCAGGCCACCAGUCCCAACAUACCCGCCUGCUGUGCUGGCGACAAGGAGCUGGAGGCAGUGCCUCCACAGCAGACGUUGCCACCAGAGGUGCCGCAGGUGCAGCCGCUGGAGCAGGAGCUGCCUGUUGAGCAGUUGCCGCCCAGCCAGACGCCAUUGCCGGCAGCUGCCACCAACUGUGAUGCGCCCUCGCCCAGCACCACGCCCUACAGUCAGUGCGAGGUGAAGGCGAGCAGCACCCAAAGCCAGACGCAGCUGCUCAGCGAGGAGCCCAAGACAACUGCCUGGACCUAUACGCAAAGCUUCCAGGCCGCCGAUGGCUCCACAGUGUUCCACACCACCACGCCCAAUGGCGCCACGCCUUACUGCACCACCACAUAUCAGCAAGCGCCCGAUGGCAGCAUCUAUGCCGUGCCCCAGGGCAUGGUCUAUGCCGCUUAUCCGCAGCCCGGCGUCAGUGGUGCAGCCUCGCAGCCGCUGUUCCACCUGACGAACGGCGGCCAGCCGACGCAGACGCUCUUCGCCUCGCAGGAUGCCGGCGAGCUGCCCGGCGGCACCUACAUGAUACCUGUCUUCGAUCCGACCCAGCAGCAGCGCGAGGGUCUCAUCCCGGCCCAGGCCAUCUACCAGACGGCUGCGGGACCUGCCGCCGGCAGUGAUGCCGGCAUGGCCGCCACUUAUCCCGCUGCACAGUUCGCCACGGCGGGUCCAAAUGGUGCGCCCAUCUACCAGGCGCCGCUGAUCUACUCCAGCGAUCCCUCGGGCGCGCAGCUGCAGCUGCCCAUGGCCACCUACCCCAUUAGCUAUCCGUAUCCCUACUACCACACCAUACCCUACUAUGUGCCCCCGCAGGCGGUUGCCGCAGCGCCCAUGAUGGCCACGCCCGCUCCGGCGCAGCCGCCAAACGGCCAGACGCCCUCGCAGGCGCAGGCUGCCGGCCAGCUCAACCUGGCAACUGCCUCAGCGGCUGGACCGCCCACGGUAGCUGCUGCCGGUCAGCAGAGCAGCAACGGUCACCAACUGGUCACCAGCAGCAGCAGCAGCCACAACAACGGCUCCGGCGGCGGAUAUCUGGGCUCACGCGUCAAGCGCACUCCCGGCGGCGGCUCCAUACACUUCAAUCCCAGUUACCCGCCAGCCGCCGCCGCCUGCUGCAGCUGAUCGCAGCAUGGCCGUCAUUAGUCCACGCGUCCGCUGGCCGCAGCUGCCGGCUCCACCACAUAUCAUGCGCUGCCCACACUGACGCUGGCGCAUGGCGGCGCCUCUGCGGCCAAUACUGAUCUCAAUGCUGCCGCCGCCGCUGCUGCUGCAGCCGCUGCCGGCGCGCACGUCUACGCACUGCCCCCGCAGCACGCCACGACGCUGAUACCCACAAACCUGUUGCCAUACACCACGGGCCAGGCGGCGCCACCCAAUGCCAUGCUGCAUCCCCAUCAGCAGCCGCCCACAAGCGCCACACACUCGGGGCCGCCGCAUCACACGCUCAUCGCAGCCACGCCCUUUUAUCAGGCAGCAGGUGGCGCCAUGGAAGCCUCGCAGUCUGCGCCCAGCACGCCCGUAGCUCCUGGUCGCCAGGCGCCGCUCUUCAGCACGCCGCCAGCGCCCAAUGUGGGUCAUGGAGGCAACCAGAGCAUUGCCAGCAGCCAUUCAGGUGGUGCUGGCGGUGGUGGUGGAGGAGGAGGAGGAGGUGGUGGGUAUCACAGCAACAGCUCCACGCCGCACUACUACAACAGCCAGAGCAGCAACGAGAGCUCCUACAGCUCCUACGAUAAGCGCAACAAUGGAUCGACGGCGCCACUUGGACGCAAGCCCUAUCACCCGGGCGGCUACAAUCCGCGCCACUCAACGCCGCUGGGCAACAUCAACUCGGGCCCCAAGACGCCGCUGCUCAACUCCAACAACGAGCCCACGCCCCGCGCCUCGCCCAGCAGCAUCAGCCUCGGUGCUCCGCCCACAUCCUCGAACUAUCACCACGCCACGCAUCGUGCGCCGCCGCCGCAUGUGCUGGCCAAGCGCGACAACAAGCCCGCGCAACUGCCACUCAUCAGCGGCCCGCCGCCCAACUAUGCCACGCCCACACAGAGCGUCAGCUACGAGAGCAAGCCGCCCAUGCGCCUCAAUGCCGGCGCCGCCAGUUUUCGCAGCCAAAAGUCCAUCAGCACGGACUUCCGCGGACGCAGCGUCUCGCAGCGCAACUCGCCCAGCGCCAAUGGCGGCAACGGCAGCGGCAACAGCAGCCACGAGAGCAGCAACAACUCGCCCACAAGUAUUGUGGGCGGCGGCGGUGGAGGCGGCAGCAGCAGCCACAACAACAGCGCCGCCAAUACGCCCAAUGCAAAUGCCAAUGCCACUGGCAUAAGCACGCAGUAUAUAGUGGUGGAUCAGUCGACUGGCGCCGCUGUGAAUACCUCGCCGCCCACGCUCUUCACCAGCGCCGGCAACGCGGCCGGAGGCGGCAAUGGCGGACCACGCGCCACCCACAUUCCAGCCCAGCUACAUCACAGCGCAGCUGGUGGCCAACAGCAGGCGACCGCGGCGACAGUGCUCAGUGGCGUAGGCAUGGCAACAGCCGCUGCACUCGGCGGCUACAAUCCCCAGUCCAGUGUCUACAUUAAGUACGGCCAGACCUACUUUCCCUCGAUGGCCUUGCCCAACAGUCGCCGCUCACCCUCCACGGGCGAGAUUCGGCCACAGAUGACGCAAAUGACUGGCAUGUAUCCCGCCACGAUGAUGAUACAAGCACCGCCACGUCAUCCCAGUCGUCAUCCGAAUCCAAACUACAAGGGCUCGCGUCCGCGAUAAGACAGCAGCAGCAGCAGCAUCGAUGGCUCAGACAACAUGCAACACCGCAACAACAGCAACAACAACAACAAAAUGAAGAAACAAACAAAACAAAACCUAUAUACACAUAACGACAUACCUAAGAUAAAUAUAAAUAGCAACUUAAUCUAGUGGAACAUAAUGUAGUUGACCCAAAACAAAAGUUAUGUAACAGAUGGAGGAGGAACGGGAAUGGGAGCGGGAACGAGAAGAGGUGCUCCGCCUCCCAGGGAGCAACUGAGCUCGGUCGUGUGGCUAGAGCUAGAAUAGAAUAGUAAGGGAAUGAGCGUGAGUUCGCGAUGGGUCUGUGGGCAGUUCAUGUGGCAGGGCGUGGCAGGGACAGCAAUAUGCUAGACGUAUAUCUUCCGCAGCAGAAAAAAGAUAGAAAAAACA